AUGGUUCCUGAGCUCAAUAAUUUGGUUGGGUUGAAGAACCAGAAACGAGCUUCUGUAGUAAAGUGGGGAUGCAUGGUUCCGAGAAGAAGCACUGAAGCAGGGGCAGUCAUGGAUUUCAAGGCCGGGCUCCUGGAGAACAGAAUAAAGGUUCUAAGUGCUAGAUAUCUUGGUAAAUCUGGAAGGGCAAAGCAUUUAGAAUCAUCUGAUAACAUUGGUGCUGAUGGUGAUGGAGGAUUGGCCACGGAUUUCUCAGUUGCUUUCAAGAAAAAUGGCAGAGGGAAGACACAAGUGACCACAGGUUCUGCUGCUAUUAAAAGCAAGCUGCAUGCUUUUAAUCAGAAUAUCAGUGAACAAGUUGCUUCUUAUAUGAGAGAUCCAAGCAGAAUGGUUAAGCAGAUGCAGAUGAGGCGAUCGGCAGUUGGUGUAUUUGACACUGAGACACAAUGUGAAUCUGGUGCACAAGCUGAUGGCGACCCUGAACUUUUGGAUGACUCCGAGUUUUACCAGCAAUUACUGAAAGAAUUUUUUGAGACAAUUGACCCAGCAUCUUCUGAGACAGCCUUUUAUUCUCUGAAAAAGUUGCAUGCUAAGAAAAGGAAGAUUGUUGACAGACGAGCCUCUAAGAGUCGCAAGAUAAGGUAUAAUGUUCAUGAGAAGAUCGUAAAUUUCAUGGCUCCGGAGCCUAUGACCCUUCCAACUAUGGUUCCUGACCUCAAUAAUUUGUUUGGGUUGAAGAACCAGAAACGAGCUUCUGUAGUUUAG